AUGGCUACAAGUGGUGGAGAAGAAGCGAUAGCACAGCGUAUUUUACGCAUUACAGACAUUGUCCAGGAGCCGCUUGAAUUUGUCACACCCAUUGGUGGCUAUGAAGAAAUGCCACUUGUUCCACUUGAAAUAGCUGUUGAACCGCUUGUUCCUAUUCUACCAGCUGUUCAAAGUCAUGUAUAUGUUGCCAAACAACGAUCUGAAGACGAAGUACUUCUGAUGGCUGCUACUCAAUUCAAAGUAAUCGGUUGUCUUAAUCAAGGUGAUCUUCAUAUUAUUCAAUUGGAAGAGACUCCUCCACCGUUUCCACUCAUGCAACCAGUACCAGUUAUUAUCUCCCCGCCGAUCGAUCCAACUUCUUCGGAAGCCUCGACAACGGCUGCUGUUGUAACAAUCGAAGCAAAAAAACAGACACAGUCCAGCAAAUCUCAAGUAAUUCAAACAAUUUCUGAGUGA